UUAUUAAAAAAAUUUUAUAUAAAUAUGCAAUAGAAAGAUUUAUUAUACAAAUAUUUUCUAUUUGUCUCUUAUAAUUAUUCAGAUAUCAAAAAUGUUUUCAAUUAAUUUAAUAGUUUUGGAUAGUUAUCAAUCAACUCCACUAUCAGAAUUAGAUGUAACAUUUUCAGAUUUUCGAGGAAAUGAAAUUAGACAAGUCCCAAUUAUCAGAAUAUUUGGAUCUACUUUAUCUGGAAUAAAAACAUGUUUACAUGUACAUGGAGUAUUUCCAUAUAUAUAUAUACCAUGUACAAUAAAUAACAAUGUUGAUAGCUUUAUGUAUAAAUUAGCAGCAGGAAUAGAUUCUGCAAUAAAUGUAUCUUUGGGAACUGCAAUGUCUAAUAUUCAACAUGUUUAUAAAAUUCAACAAGUUUAUGGAAUUCCUCUUUAUGGAUAUCAUGAGAAGAAACAUUUAUUUUUUAAAAUUUAUUUUUAUAAUCCAGCUAUGGUUAAACGAGCAGCUGAUUUACUGCAAAAUGGUAUGGUACUUAAUCAAAGUUUACAACCACAUGAAGCACAUAUACCUUUUAUUUUACAAUUUAUGAUUGAUUAUAAUCUUUAUGGUAUGAGUUUAAUAAACUUGAAAAAUGUUAAAUUUAGACAAUAUACACAUAUGAAAGAAAAUUCUCAAAAUGAAAAUUCAUUAAAUUUAUUUGAUUCACAAAAAUAUCUUCCUUCAUCUGUUUUAAAGCAAACUACUUGUAAAUUAGAAGUAGAUGCACAAGCAAGUGAAAUAUUGAAUAAACAAGAAAUUCAAAAUGGUUUUGAUUUAAAUCCUGGUCUUGCAGCUAUUUGGAAUGAAGAAAAAUAUAGAAGAGAAGCAAAAGGAUUACAGAAUAUUGAAUCACAAUUUUUAUAUUCCAAUACUAAUGAGAGAAUUUAUAAUGUAACAGAAAAUGAUAUUUAUCAAGAAAAAAGAUUUAUAAAAAGAUUACAAUCUAUAUCAGAGAUCAGUGAUGAUAUAAUAUCAAAAGAAUAUAGUUAUCCUUUAGAAUUAGAAAAUGAAGAUAAUUCAUUUAGUGCUUCAUAUGUUCCUAAUCAUUUUAAAUCAAUAGUAUUAAAUAAGGAAAAUAAAAAUGAAAUACUUUUAAAUAAUGAUUUAUUAAAACUUAAAAAAUCUGAAAUAAGAGAAAAUUUAUCUCAAGAUAAAAUAAUAGAAAAUAGUAUUUUGGAUUUAGAAGAUAUGUAUUUGCUUGAAAUAUUAAAUAAUUUAAUAGAAGAAAAUGAAGAAGAAAAGAUUAUAGAUAAUGAUAGUAUGUUAGGUUCUCAAUUUUCUAUGUUAAACAAUGAAAUUAAGGAUGACAAUGAAGAUGAUGAAAUUGAAAAUUUGAAUAUUACAAGUUUAGAUUUGAAUAAUAUUGAUUCAUGGAAUUCAAUUAUUGAAUUUGGAACUAAGAUUGAAGAUAAGAAAAUAGAUUACAUAACUGAAAAUAAUAUUGAAAAUAAUAUUGAAAAUACUAUUUCAACAGAUCUUCCUCAGUAUGAUGGUUCAAGUGAUUUGAUUUUAAAAAAUGAAAAACAAUUAUCAUCGAAAUUUACUAAAAAUAAAAUGAAAAAAGAAAGAAAAGUAUGCACAAAAUCGAAGAAAUUUAUAUUGCAUUUUAAUAAAAAUAUAGUAUUAAAUGAAUUUGAAAGUAAACAUAGAAAAUUAGUGCAAACUGAAAAAAAGCUAUUCUAUUACAAAGAUUUAAAUAUAUAUAAAUUAGAUCAUCAAGAUUUAGAUGUUUAUGAUAUUGAUGAAAUAUUUGAACAUAAAUUAAUAUUAUAUAAACAUUUAAAGAACCCAAUAAAUUUUGAGAAAAAAUCUAAUCCAAUUAGUCAUGAAUCAUAUCAUACUAUAAAUAGUAUUUUAAAUAAAUUAAAUAUACCAGCAUUUGAUGGUAAUACAAUUGAUAGUUCUAGUGAUUCUGAGUCAGAUAAAAAUAUUACUAUUAACAGAGAGGAAAAACGUAUUUGUGUUUAUAAACCAUGUAUAAAAUCUAAAAGUGACAAAACUAUUGAUAAUAUUUCAGCAAAAAAACGAAAAUUUAAAUUGGAAGAUUCUAGUUUGCAGUCUACACAUAAACGAUGUAAUUUACAAAAUGAAUCACAUUGUACUCCAACAAAAAUAAAAACUGUACAUAGUCCAUGUUCUGUUUCAGAAAAAGAUAUUAAUGAAAAAGAUAUCGUAAAGAAUGAUAUGAACUUGGAAAAUUUAACAGAAAAAAUGAUUAAUGAUAUUGAUCAAAUCAAUGAUCUUACUAAUAAUUCAAUAAUAAUUCAUCCCGAACAUUCUAAGUUAUACACAAAAAAUAAUGAAAAAAUGAAUUAUGAAUUUAAUUUUCCAAGUACAUCAAAAAAUAAUAUAAAUUUAAAUGUAGAUAAUAUUUCAAAUAAAAUAUCAUUGAUAAAUAAAAAUACAGACGAAAAUGAAGAUGAUAUUUUUUGUAAUAUGACAUAUACUCAAUAUCUUAAUAAAAAAUUAGAAGUGGAAUUAGAUAUUUCAAAUAUUAUAUCACGUGAUAGUACAAGUGAUAUAAAAACUAGAUUAAUUAUCAUUACUACUAAAUUUAAUCCACCAAGUAGAGAAAAGAUUAUAAACUCUAUGAAAAUGUAUGAUAUUUUAAAAUUAAAAAACAAUGCAUUAUUCUUUAGUAAUAAAAUUGAUUUGAUGAAGUAUAGAGAAAAAGAAAGUUUAAGUAAUAGUAAUAUUUACAAUGUAAUUUCAUUUAAAUGUAAUUUAGACAAAGUUACAGGGAUUAAACUCUGGCAACGAGUAAAAAUAAACGAAUUUUAUCCUUCUGGUUCAAGUAUAAAAUCUUGUGAUAUAAAAAGAAUUUUAGCUGGAUAUAAUUCAUUAAUAAUUCAUCCCCUUAUUCAUCCACCGACAUCGAGAAAUGUUAAAACUUGGUUAAAAGCCAAAAAAUAUUUAUCAAAAAAAAAUAAACAUAAAAAAAUAAGUGAUUAUAUUGAUAUUCUAAAAGACACAAAAGAAAAUAACAUUAAAGAAACAUUUAAUGAAAGUAUGAAAUAUCAUUCACAAUGUUCUAAUAAUUUGGAGAAUUCAGAUGAAUCUAAUAAUAGUUUUAAUCCUUCCUUACAAGAAAUGCUUGAAAAUCCAUUAUUAUAUAUGAAUGAUACGCGAUAUUUAGGCAUUUCAUAUGGACAAAUUGAAUAUAAUUUGAAAGAAUAUAGUAAUAAUGUAGAAAAAGAAAAUCGUCAAACUGCUAAAAGCUUAAAUAUGCAUCAAUAUUUAACAAUAUUAGCAAUAGAAAUACAUGUUAUUACGCGUGGUAAAUUUCUUCCUGAUCCAAAUCAUGAUUCAAUUGAAGCAAUAUUUUAUGCUAUUUAUAAUGAUGUUCCAUUAUCUUCAAAAAUUGAACAAAUAGAACAUGGUGUUAUUCUUUUAAAUUCAUCUAUAAAAAAUUCAAAAGUAAAAAAUAUAUAUUCUAGUAAUACAUGUACUACAUCUUAUGUAUCAAGUGAAGAAGAUUUAUUAAAUAGCCUUAUAAUAUUAAUUAGACAUUAUGAUCCAGAUAUUUUAAUCGGUUGGGAGAUAGAAUUUCUUUCAUGGGGAUAUAUCUUUCACAGAGCUUCUCAUAUUGGUUUGAAUAAUUUUAAAUGGCAAAUUUCAAGGAUUUCAAAUGCAAUUCCAAUAUUUAAAGGACAAGCAUUUAAUAAAGAUAAUGAUACACAAAUACCAGGACGAAUUAUUUUUGAUGUUUGGAGAUUAAUGCGACAUGAAAUAGCAUUAUUAAAUUAUACAUUUGAAAAUGUUAUGUAUAAUGUCAUGCAUGAAAGAAUUUCAUGUCCUACCUUUCAAAUGUUAACUGAAUGGUGGAAUCAUGAAAAUAUGACUAUGCAAUGGAGAGUUAUUACUCAUUAUAUUAUAAGAGUUAUAGGUACUCUGAGAAUAUUAAUUCAUCUUGAUAUUAUUGGUCAAACAUGUGAACAUGCACGACUUUUUGGAAUACAAUUUUAUGAAGUCUUUUCUAGAGGUUCUCAGUUUCGAGUUGAGUCAAUGAUGUUGAGACUUGCAAAACCUUUAAAUUAUAUUGCAGUUUCACCUUCUGUACAACAAAGAGCACGAAUGCGUGCACCUGAAUCUCUACCGCUUAUUAUGGAACCACAGUCUGCAUUCUAUACUGAUCCAUUGGUUGUCCUGGAUUUUCAAAGUUUAUAUCCGAGUAUUAUUAUAGCUUAUAACUAUUGCUUUUCUACUUGUUUAGGUCGUAUAGAGCAUAUUGGUCAAUAUGAGCCAUAUGAGUUUGGUACAACUACAUUAAAAAUAAAGAAGAAUACUGCUCAAAAACUAGUGGGUAAAAUAAAUUUUGCACCUUGUGGUGUAGCUUUUGUAAAACCAGAAAUACGAAUGGGAAUAUUACCACGUAUGCUUUCAGAAAUUUUAAAUACUCGAUUAAUGAUAAAAAAAUCUAUGAAACUUUAUGAAAAUGAUAAUAAUAUAUUAAAACGUAUUCUUUAUUCACAACAAUUAGGUCUUAAAUUAAUUGCAAAUGUUACUUAUGGUUAUACAGCUGCUAAUUUUAGUGGUAGAAUGCCUUGUAUUGAAAUAGGAGAUAGUGUUGUUAGUAAAGGAAGAGAAACAUUAGAACAAGCAAUUAAAAUAGUAGAAUCUACAGAUAAAUGGGGAGCUGAAGUUGUUUAUGGUGACACAGAUUCUUUGUUCAUUCUUUUACGUGGAAAAUCAAGAAAAGAUGCAUUUAUAAUUGGAACUGAAAUUGCUGAUACUAUUACUGCAGCUAAUCCUCCUCCUGUAAAACUCAAAUUUGAAAAAAUUUUGCAACCAGCAAUAUUACAAACUAAAAAAAGAUACUGUGGUUAUAUGUAUGAAUCUCCAGAACAAACAAAUCCUGAAUAUUUAGCAAAAGGAAUUGAAACUGUUCGUAGAGAUGGUUGUCCAGCUGUAGCUAAAAUACUUGAAAAAACGUUAAAAAUUUUAUUUGAUACAAAGGAUCUUUCUAUGGUAAAAUUAUAUAUUACCAGACAAUUUGAUAAAAUUUUACGUCAAAGAAUAUCUAUUCAAGAUUUAACGUUUGCAAAGGAAUUUCGUGGCUUGAAUGGUUAUAAAACUAAUGCUUGUGUACCUGCUUUAGAAUUAACACGAAGAUUAAUGCGUAAAGAUCCACGAGCAAUACCUCGUACUGGUGAAAGAGUUCGAUACGUUAUAAUUGCUGGAGCCCCAAAUCAACCUUUAAUUCAAUGUGUGCGAACCCCAAUGGAAGUAAUUUCAGAUGAAGGUUUAAAUCCAAAUUCAAUAUAUUAUAUAACAAAAGUUAUCAUACCACCUCUUAAUCGAUGUUUAAAUUUAAUCAACAUUGAUGUUAAUAUAUGGUAUAGAGAAAUGAUCCAUCGUCAAACAUCUGAUAAAACAAUUAGUUUAUGUACAAAUAAUCAAAAAUUAACUAUUCGGCAAUUUUUUAAUACUAUUGUAUGCGUUACUUGUGGAAAUCAAACGCAAAAAGAUAUUUGCAUGAAUUGUAUAGCAAAACCAAGUCAGACAAUUACUAUUUUAUAUGAAAAAUUAAGAUGGUUGGAACGUACUCAUCAUGAACUUACUAUGAUGUGUCAAUCUUGUACUGGUUAUUUAGAUGAACCAAAAUGUGAAUCUUUAGAUUGUCCAAUUUUAUAUCGUUUAAUGCAAGCUAAAAGAGAUCUUAUUCAAAUAACAUAUUUGAAUAAUAUUAUUUAUAAUAGUGAUAUUUCUUGUAUACAUAAAAAAAAUAUAAACUAAUGAUUGUUAUCUUA